UCCAGGAACGACAACGUGCGUUUAUUGUCCUUCCAAAUAUCAGGAAUAUAUGUAAACAUAUUACAAUUAAUUGCUAAUUCUACUUUUUUAAGGGAUGAAUAUGCAGCAACAUUUCCUGUAAAUUGACGGUCUUUUUCAUUCAUUAAUCUAUAUUUGUGUAACGUUACACACUCUGAGAGAGAUUGCGAGUGUGAACUUUUGGACUCGCGCGCAUCGGUCCUCAUGUCGUUGCGUGUUCUGUGGACGGCCGGGUUUGUGCUCUGUCUCACCGGACUGCAGCUCAUCCGGGCCGGGGAUCAUCCGUCUUAUGUGGCCGCUGUGUACGAGCACCGUGUGCUGCUGAACCCGGAGCCCAGAGUCCCGCUGGAGCGCAGAUCAGCGCUGAAGCACAUGGAGCAAAACCUGCGCGUGUUUGAGGAACAGACGGAAGAUGCGGCUCGACAGGGUGCCCAGAUCAUAGUAUUUCCAGAAGAUGCUAUCCAUGGGUUCAACUACACCCGAUCUUCAAUCGCCGGUUACCUGGAAACGGUUCCUGACCCCAAAGAGAUCACGUGGAGUCCAUGUUCAGAACCGGACAGAUUUCCAGACACCGAGGUCCUCCGGAGACUCAGCUGUAUGGCCCAUAAGAACCGAAUCUUCGUGGUGGCUAACAUGGCGUCCCGUCAGAGCUGUGACGGACACAUUGACCCUCAGUGUCCUGUGGACGGUCAGUAUCAGUUUAACACUAACGUGGUGUUCAGCGACCGUGGCACCAUCGUUGCUCGAUAUCACAAACACAACUUGUACUUUGAGGCGGCGUUCGACACGCCGACCGAGCCCGAGUACAUCACCUUCACCACACCCUUCGCUGGUCGAUUCGGGGUGUUUACGUGUUUUGACAUUCUGUUCCGUGACCCGGCGGUGACCCUGGCGACAGACAUGGGCCUCAGGCAGAUGGUCUACCCGACCGCAUGGAUGAACCAGCUCCCCCUGCUGGCGGCUGUGCAGUUCCAGCGUGCAUUCUCCCACGCGGCCGGGGUCACGCUGCUGGCCGCCAACAUCCGAGCCGCUGAGUACGGCAUGACGGGCAGCGGGAUCUUCACGCCGUGGGACUCUGUCGUUCACCAUGACACCGAGGGGAAUUCUGGGAAACUUCUGGUGCGCAGUGUACCGGUGAUGGAUCCAGCUUUCGUCGGGGAGAGUUACAGGACAACGCUGGUGCCGUUUUCUGGGUAUUCAGAAACCAAUCUUGGAUCGGAACUAGAAAAAGCACAAGCGUGGGAUGUCAACUUCUUCAAUGCAAAACAGGGUGAUCCCAAUGCUCAGUUCUGCCGCACAGACUCCGAUUGUGUUGAAACGGAUAAUCCACUAACCUUCACCUCCAUCAUGAUGUAUGAUAAUUUCACUCUGACACCGCUAAAGGGAAAUAAAGGGAACCUCACGGUGUGUAGCGGCUCGCUGUGCUGCCACCUGCUCUUCCAGAGGUCACACACACUUGAGUUUUACGCUCUUGGGGUUUUUAACGGCCUGCAUGUGGUGCACGGGACGUAUUACCUGGAGGUUUGUGCUCUGGUGAGAUGCACGACUCUGCAUCACAGCAGCUGCGGAGGAGAGACCGAACACGCUCAGACGCUGAUGGACUUCAGGCUGGACGGGACCUUUAGCACCCGUCGCGUUUUCCCGGGAAUUCUGGGCAGCGGGAUGACUAUGGAGGUCCCGGAUCAUUCCGGCUGGGAGAGCGGAAGUGGGUUUUACAUGAGCCGGAGGGGAAUGUCCACAGGGCUUGUGACGGCCAUGCUGUAUGGAAGACAUUAUGAGAAGGACAAUAUCUAAAACAAACACUCUUCUCCUUUUCAUUUCUGACCAACGUUCAGUUAACAUCAAAUAACAUUACAUUUAUCAUAAAGCAGUGAAUUGAGACUUCUGGGAAAAUAAAUUAAUAGUUUAUCAUGUGUUACACAUCAAAUUUGUUUGGCUAUUCAACGUUUUAUGGAUGAGUUUCAACUCCGGUCGGUCAAGAGUUUUUUUGUGUAUUCCAGAAAAGAAAGAAAUGAAAACGUUGUUUGUUUUAAAAUAUGUUUAAAAUACAACAACUCCUUAAGAUUAAAGCAAAUAUUUAUUCAUCAUUUUAUGUACCAAAAUGUACAUUAUGCCACACGCAGACUCGAUUAUUGUCUUUAAAUUCUUAUAAAAUAAUCGCACACGUCACACAAACACACAUCUACUGUACAGAGGAACAACUGAUAGAAACGCUGUGAUUCCUCAUGACCGCAGAGAAAUAAACUAAAGAACAGUC